CAGUGUCUCUCAACAAUGACUGCAAAGAGCGUCAAGAUUUCUGCUCUUAGUGAGUCUUUGAUUUCUCCGUCCUGCACACUGGGGGUCGACCUGCGCUCACGGCAGACGCUCGUUUCUCAGGGCAACCUGCAGCUACCGCCGCUGUCAUGGCGACAGGGGGAGAAGUCGCGGACUCCUGAUGAGGAAAUCAUGCCCAGGCCAACGUCUUUGCCCUUCGGAGCCCCUCCCAGGAUAGAUAUCACGCCAAUUGACCCUGCAAGUUUCGAUGUGGAGAAUGGGCCGUCGGUCGGCUGCAGCCCCCUGGACCCCCAGGCCUCCCCGGGCUCUGGUCUGGUCCUUCACACUAACUUCCCCGGUCAUAACCAGCGCCGCGAGUCCUUCCUCUACCGCUCCGACAGUGACUAUGAUCUGUCGCCCAAGUCCAUGUCACGGAACUCCUCCAUCGCCUCUGAACUACAUGGUGAUGACCUGAUUGUAACGCCUUUUGCUCAGGUUCUGGCAAGCCUUCGUAGUGUGAGGAAUAACUUCACUGCACUGACCAAUGUCCAGUGUGCCUCCAGCAAGAGGUCUCCUGCAGCAACCACUCAGCCUCCAAUCACCAGAGUCUGUCUCCCAGAUGAGGCGUUCCAGAAGCUGGCCAUGGAGACGAUGGAGGAGUUGGACUGGUGUCUGGACCAGCUGGAGACCAUCCAGACCUACCGCUCCGUCAGCGACAUGGCCUCCAACAAGUUCAAGAGAAUGUUGAAUCGGGAGUUGACGCACCUAUCUGAGAUGAGUCGAUCUGGGAAUCAGGUUUCUGAAUUCAUCUCCAACACCUUCCUAGACAAACAGAAUGAGGUGGAGAUCCCGUCGCCGACAUCCAAGACGCGAGAGAAGAAGAAGCAGCAGCUGAUGACGCAGAUCAGUGGAGUCAAGAAGGUCUCCCAUGGGCCCUCGCUCUCCGGCAGCAGCAUCUCCCGCUUCGGUGUCAAGACCGACAAGGAGGAGCUGCUGGCCAAGGAGCUGGAGGACCUCAACAAGUGGGGUCUGAACAUCUUCACUGUUUCGGAGUACUCCCACAACCGGCCUCUUACCUGCAUCAUGUAUGCCAUCUUCCAGGAGCGAGACCUGUUAAAGACAUUUCAGAUCCCAGUGGAUACGUUUGUGGCCUACAUGAUGACAUUGGAAGAUCACUACCAUUCAGACGUGGCCUACCAUAACAGCCUGCAUGCUGCCGACGUAGCCCAGUCCACACACAUCCUGCUCUCCACUCCAGCCCUGGAUGCAGUCUUUACAGAUCUUGAGAUCUUAGCAGCUAUCUUUGCUGCAGCUAUCCAUGAUGUUGACCAUCCUGGAGUAUCAAACCAAUUCUUAAUCAACACCAACUCUGAGCUGGCGCUGAUGUACAACGACGAGUCUGUGCUGGAGAACCAUCACUUAGCUGUGGGAUUCAAGCUACUGCAGGAAGACAACUGUGAUAUCUUCCAGAACCUCACGAAGAAGCAGCGGCAGUCCCUCCGCAAGAUGGCCAUCGACAUGGUUUUGGCCACUGACAUGUCCAAACACAUGAGCCUGCUGGCUGAUCUGAAGACCAUGGUGGAGACCAAGAAAGUGACGAGCUCUGGAGUGCUCCUGCUGGACAAUUACACCGACAGGAUACAGGUGCUGCGUAACAUGGUGCACUGUGCUGACCUGAGUAACCCGACCAAGUCCCUGGAGCUGUAUCGCCAGUGGACUGACCGGAUAAUGGAGGAAUUCUUCCACCAGGGAGACAGGGAGAGGGAGAGGGGAAUGGAGAUCAGCCCCAUGUGUGAUAAACACACAGCAUCAGUUGAGAAGAGCCAGGUGGGUUUCAUCGACUACAUCGUGCACCCUCUGUGGGAGACGUGGGCCGACCUGGUUCACCCUGACGCCCAGGACAUUUUGGACACGCUGGAGGACAACAGGAACUGGUACCAAAGCAUGAUCCCCCAGAGUCCUUCCCCGCCCUUCUUUGACCAGUGCACGCUCGGACACGGCGGCGGGACCGGAGGGCAGGCGGGCGGGGAAAAGUUUCAGUUUGAGCUCACCUUGGAGGAGGAAGACUUGGAUGGAAUAGAGAAAGACGGCGAGAGGGAGGAAGACGAAGACGACGACGAAGAGUUAGAAGAGGAGGAGGACAGUUUGGGAGAUUCUCGCUCUCCUCCCCCGGACUAUUCGGACGGUCAGGAGCUCGAGGAAGGCCGCAUGAUGGAGCCAGCAAUAGAGAUCGUGACGCAUGAGGCGUCGCCCACAGACACAUAGGGCUUCCAUCAUCACGCUCACGCUUGUGAUUUGAAAGUUUUUCGCAAAAGAGGGUAGAUCCUCUUGCAGCUGUGCUUUUUAACAAGCCAAUAGAAGCAAGGGCUUAGUUAGGUCCCGAACGGGGGCGUCUUGCACUUGGGUGUUAGAAGCUAGACACGGACGGACAGUUUCGGUGAGGCGGCUUCAGAGUUCUCAGGAAAUAAUACUGCGAACAAUUUAGUCUUGACAGGCGAGACUAAGGGUGGAACUUGAAGGAUUUUGGCCAGUUUAGAAGAUGGUUACUUUUCUUUUCUGGACUGGCAUUAAAUGGACAUUGACACUACUGAGAGAAGUUUUGUACCUUAAGGCUUUUUUACAUAUAUGAUAUGAUCUAGAGGUAGCAUAGAUAAGACCUACUGAUGGGGACACAUUUGUAUAGCAAGAGGAAGUGUUUACUUUUUUUCUGUACCAUUUGUCAAAGGACUUUCGUGUGCCUUUUUUACUAUUGUCUUUAUAAUAGUUUUUUAUUUAUUGAACACUCUAGUAUGUCUGUGAAAUGUCUUUUUUUUUCUUAUUUGAAAGAGCAAAAUCUUUUUUGUAAGUUAAAAAGAGAACAGUCUUCCACGUAUUGGGCAAUAGAGAAAUCCAAACGAACGUCGACAAACAACUCUUGGACAAAUUUAUCGGAAUAGAGAAAACUAAACAAACAAACAACUAUAUGCACAUUUUGCCACAUCUGUUUUUCGAGCACAAUGUUUUACAUAAGGAUUUGAAAUGCUUAUGUUCACUCAUGGUCCAUGUUACAUGUUGCUUUCAGUUUCAGAUGUCCGUCAGUGACGGUUCCACUGAAAUGCAUCACAUACUUUCCCACGCCACCUCUUUGCACAUCACUUUUUCUCUCUUUCAUUGGUCAAAGGUCUGAAGCCUUUUUGAGGCUUCCUAUCUGUCACAGUAAAAUUCGGCUCAACUGUGGAUAUGUAAUCCUGGACUUACUGUAUGGUCAGACGUUCCCUCUAGAAUUCAGUGUAAAAUCAUUGGGACAUUCGAUAUAUAUACAAUUUGUACAAUAAGUUAUUCAAUUUCAAACCCUGAUAACCUAAUUCAUACCAGAUACAAUCAGCAUAACUAUAAAAUGCCCAAAUCUGGGAUGAAGUCUGCCAAGGGAAAAAUGCACACCAGUGCUGAAUCUAUUUUUAUCCUAUAGGUGUGCUGCAGUCUCAAUAAUCCUGUUAUAUGGAACACAAGUCCUGACCCAGGAUCCGUCUGAUGUAAAGCCCUUACUGCCCCUCUGCAAUCAGGCCAGAUGAUUAAAGGUCCUCUUACAGAUGCCUGUCUCAAAGGCGCUCCCAGACCCUCAUCAGCACCACCAUUCACACGGUUUACAACCCUUCUGCGGUCCACCUAGGGGACCCAUCUCAAAACAAUCAGGCCAGCUAUUUUGUCCCCACCAAAAAAAAAAAA